AUGAUUGAUGAGUUUCUCGAAAAUGUUGAGUCAACUAAAAAACUGGAGUUAUCGUUGGGAGUUCUUGGUAAUGAUGCCCUCUUGAAGAAGCUGAAAGAAUCCACAAUUAACAUUCACACUGUGGAGAUUCAAUCAACUUGUAAGGUACACCAUGUUCUAAGAAAAUAUUCUUUACCGUCUUGUCUGGAGGUCGUACGUAUUAAUGAGAAUGACUUGGAUUUCGAGGACAUUUCUGCUCUAGUUAGAUCUCUUAGUAGCGUGAAUUAUGGCUUACAUGAGUUAGAUUUAUCUCGUAGUAAGUUUAGGGAAAGUAGUACAGGUAGCUUCUUUGCUUUUAUAUGGCGCGUUCUUAUCAAUUGUAAAGAUCUAAGAAUUUUGAUUUUAACAAAUAAUGGCUUAACCGAACAUGAAAUAACCUGCUUAAUAACUACUUUUGAUUCAAUGAAAAAUAUUAAAAUUUUAAACGUAUCUAAAAAUAACCUUACUGAAACACAAGCAAAUGACAUACUGCAAAAACAUGGACAAGCUAAGAGCAUUGUUUCUUUAGACUUAUCGCAAAACGCAAUACAGGGAAAUAGAAUCAUCAUUGGGAUUUGUCAACUGCAAUCACUCGAAGAACUAAAUAUAUCUCGUAACUACAUCAGAUUUUUCCCUUUACCUAACUUAGAGGAGAAAUGCAACAAAUUCUCAGAAAACACGAAAAUUAUUUCAUUGGCUUCUAAUCACAUGACACCUGACGACAUAUGCAAAUUUUGUUCUUUAAUCAGGUCAGAUCUACUGAAACUUGACUUAGAUUUUAAUCAUGUUGGCAAUUCCAUUUGGUCGUUAUGUUCACUAGGUCUAAGCAUUAAACAUUUGAAAGUGUUAAGUUUAGCAAAUACUGAUAUUUGUGGUGAUGUUGUUGGUUUAGCAAACUUACUCUCUUCAGUAGGAGAACUUGAAGAACUGAAUUUAUCUUCAAAUAAUCUUAUGGCGAACGAUUUUCGGGUUCUUCAGUCACCCUUAUCAGACUUAAUUCAAUUGAAAAAGUUGAAUUUAAGCAGCAAUCCUGAAGGAAUUUCAGCUCUAUUGCAAUGGAUCCUGCCUUUGUUGAAAUACCUGGAAGAGUUAAGGCUAAGUAAUACACACUUAAAUAGCGACGAUUUAAGCAAUAUCUGUUAUUCACUUGCAUCCUUAAGCAGUCUAAAAUAUCUUGACUUAAGCAUGAAUGCUAUCGGUUCAGAUGGAUUAAGGGCACUUGCUAACAUUUUGAAAGAGUUUCCAUUAUUAGAGGGGCUAGACAUAAGUAGAGCGUGUAUCAAGGAAGAUGACAUAAGUAUCUUGUGUAAGGGUUUAGUUCCAUUAGAGAAGGUUAGAUAUCUGAAUAUGUCAGGCAAUAGGAUUGAUCUUGACGUUUUAGACGAUGAUUUGUUUUUACCUCCAACGUUAGAGGAGUUGAUUUUCAGUGAUAUCAUCACUCAUGGCGAAAAACUCUUUGCCAAAAUGAAACAGCUAAAAAAUCUAAGAAAACUUCACCUUAAUCAACUGAGACUAAGAGCUUACAGUGAUGUUGAGGUGUUAGCCGCCGUGUUGUUGUCUUUUCCAAAGUUGCGGGAACUAUCUUUAGCUGAUAUUACUGUUUCAGACUUAAAGUGUGCCGUAAGAUCGUUGGGGGACAUUAAAAAAAUUGAUCUCACUGGCAUAAAAUUACUUGAUGAAAGAGCAUUAGUUGACAUGCUUUCGUGUCUUUUGUACUUAGAAGAACUAGUUUUAACUGACAUGAAUGUUGCGAACAUGGACUGUGAAAGAUUCUUUAGUGCGGUAAAAUUGUUGACACAUUUAAGAAAACUUAACCUUGGUGGUGUAAAAAUACGUGACGAAAAAGCUUGGUUUGACAUGCUGUCCUCUCUUUUAAUUUUGGAAGAAAUUGUGUUUCCUAAUGUUGGUUUAAUGAAUACUGACUGUAUGACAGCAUAUUUUAGUUCCUUGGAAUCAUUAAGAUAUUUGAAAAAUCUUGAUCUGCAAUGCACUAAAAUUCGUAAACCUGGCGUAGAAGCUUUAGCUCUCGUGUUACCAUCACUGCAGUUGUUGGAAAAGCUAGUGUUGGGAGGGAUUAACUUUGAUGAUGGGUGUCAAAAACAACUGUUUGCCGCACUAGGGAAAUUGAAAUACCUCAAGGAACUUGAUUUAUGUUACACUCGUAUUACCCAAACUGGCGCAGAAGCUUUAGCUCUCGUGUUACCAUCACUGCAGUUGUUGGAAAAGCUAGACUUGGGAAAGAAUGACUUUGUAGAUGGAUGUAAAAACACCCUGUUUUCUGCGCUAGGAAAAUUGAAGUACCUCAAGGAACUUAAUUUAAGUUGCACUCGUAUUACCCAAACUGCCGCAGAAGCUUUAGCUGACGUGUUACAAUCACUGCUGUUGUUGGAAAAGCUAGUGUUGGGAAGGAUUAACUUUGAUGGUGGAUGUCAAAAACAACUGUUUGCCGCACUAGGAAAACUGAAAUACCUCAAGAAACUUGAUUUAUGUUACACUCGUAUUACCCAAACUGGCGCAGAAGCUUUAGCUGACGUGUUACCAUCACUACAGUUGUUGGAAAAGUUAGUGUUGGGAGGGAUUAACUUUGAUGAUGGAUGUCAAAAACAACUGUUCGCUGCGCUAGGAAAAUUGAAAUACCUCAAGGAACUUGAUUUAUGUUACACUCGUGUUACCCAAACUGGCGUAGAAGCUUUAGCUGACGUGUUACCAUCACUGCAGUUGUUGGAAAAGCUGGACUUGGGAAAGAUAGACUUUGAUGAUGGAUGUCAAAAACAACUGUUUUCUGCGCUAAGAAAAUUGAAAUACCUCAAGGAGCUUGAUUUAUGUUACACUCGUAUUACCCAAACUGGCGCAGAAGCUUUAGCUGACGUGUUACCAUCACUGCAGUUGUUGGAAAAGCUAGACUUGGGAAAGAUUGACUUUGAUGAUGGAUGUCAGAAACAACUGUUUUCUGCGCUAGGAAAAUUGAAAUACCUUAAGGAACUUCAUUUAUGUUACACUCGUAUUACCCAGACUGGCGCAGAAGCUUUAGCUGACGUGUUAACAUCACUGCAGUUGUUGGAAAAGCUAGAGUUGGGAGAGAUUAACUUUGGUGAUGGAUGUCAAAAACAACUGUUGGCUGCGCUAGGAAAAUUGAAAUACCUCAAGGGACUUAGUUUAUGUUGGACCGCUAUUACCCAAACUGGCGCAGAAGCUUUAGCUGAGGUGUUACCGUCACUGCAGUUGUUGGAAAAGCUAAAGUUGCAUCCUUUCAAAAUGAAA